AUGCGGCGCACGUGCGAAAUCGGGGUCUUGGCCGCGCUGGCGUUGUUUGCUACGCCCACAUUCGGCGGCUGCCCGUUCCUCUCGGGCCAGAAUGAGGAUGCGAUGAACCCCGGCGGGGAUCGCGCCCUGAUGUCCUCCUCCUCCUCCUACGAUAGCAGCUCCGGUGGCGCCGACUUCUCCAGCGAGACCUACCAGGCCCUCCAGGCGGACAUCACGACCAUGUUCACCGACUCGCAGGACUUCUGGCCGGCCGACUUCGGCAACUACGCGCCCUUCAUGAUCCGUCUGGCCUGGCACUGCAACGGCAACUACCGCCAGUCGGACGGCCGCGGCGGCUGCGACGGCGGCAGGAUCCGCUUCAACCCGGAGCGAAGCUGGGCCGACAACACCAACCUCGACAAGUCGCUGACCCUCCUGCAGCCCAUCAAGCUCAAGUACGGCGACGCCGUCUCGUGGGGGGACCUCAUUACCCUGACGGGCAACGAGGCGAUCCGGUCGAUGGGGGGCCCCGUGCUGGGGUUCUGCGCCGGGAGGCAGGACGAUGCCUCCGGCGUCGACAGCCUGGAGCUGGGCCCCUCUCCCGAGCAGGAGGCGGUCGCUCCGUGCGCCGUGAACGGGACGUGCGAGGCCCCUCUCGGCACCAGCACGGUCGGGUUGAUCUACGGAAAGUUCCACGGCGCGUGCGCCACCGGCCCCGGCGCGGACCCGAUCGAUGCACCCGAGGCCCCGUGGCCUGGAACGUGCGGGGAUGCCAACUCCACCACCUUCGGCCGCGCGGAGAACACCUUCACGAGCGGGUUCGAGGGCCAGUGGACGGUGGAGCCCCUGGUGUGGGACAAUGAGUACUUCAAGGACCUGCUCGAGUACGACUGGGUGAUGACCGAGAGCCCCGCGGACCUGGUGCAGUGGUUCCCGGUCCUGAAGGAGGGGGCCACGGAGACGGAGGACGAGAUCCCUGACAUCAUCAUGCUCACCAGCGACAUCGCCUUGCUGAACGACCCGGAAUACCUAGCGCUCGUGGAGCUCUUCGCCAGCGAUCAGGCCGCCCUCGACGAAGCCUUCGCCGCCUCUUGGUACAAGCUCACCUCUCGCGACAUGGGCCAGUUUCAGCGCUGCGUGGGGACCGACGUCGCACCGCCCCAGGACUUCCAGCUGCCGCUCCCGGAGGCGCCCGUCGAUCUCCCGGACAGCGACGGGGCGGCGUCCGCGAUCGUGGGCAUCCUGUCCAGCGACCCGUCCUACCCGGCCCUCUUCGUCACCCUGGCGUGGCAGUGCGCUUCCACCUUCCGUGCCACGGACUACCUGGGCGGCUGCAACGGCGCGAGGAUCCGCUUCUCUCCCGAGAAGGAUUGGGCCGGCAACCAAGGCCUAGACGAGGACGACGACAGCGGCAGUGACGGCGUUCACGCUGCGGAGGUCGACGCGGACGCUGAAGCGCAGGAGGACGGCGAGGAUGACGAUUCCGCGGCUCCCACCGUCGCCUUUGCUUCUGUGGCUGGCGUCAUCGCUGGUGUUGCUGCUGUUUUCGCGCCUCUGCUGCUCGAGCUGUGA